GUUAUAAUUUGGAGUGAAAUGACAAAUGCUGUUUGCACUAGUGAAAAAGCAAACGCCUGGUGGCGCUGCAGGCUAGGAGAAUGAAUGAAGGGGCUACUCCGUCGCUACUCCGGACGCCAUUAAGCUGGAAAUUAGAACACUGAAUACUUCCUAGGAGAAGGAAACAUUUUAGGAAUCAUCUAAUGACAGAAAUCUUCAGAAAAGCAUCCGUCUAGUACAAAGGGCAGAAAGAUUUAACUUCAGAUUAUUUAGCAGAUGAUCUAGGCUGAUUAUGCACCUAAUUUCCACACACACGUGGAUCGGGUCUGAACAAUGGAGACUGCGCUAGCAAACAUGACAUGGAAAAGGCAAGUUAUCUUUCUUGCUAUAUUGUUGUUGUUGUGGAAGGCUGACUCUGCAACAAUUAGAUAUUCCAUGCCAGAAGAAAUAGAAAGUGGCUCCUUUGUGGCCAACUUGGCAAAAGACCUGGGGCUCAGGGUGGCGGAACUAGCCACCCGGGGUGCGCGAAUUCACUACAAAGGAAACAGGCAGCUCUUGCAGCUAGAUACAAAGACCGGGGAUUUACUUCUCUUUGAAAAACUAGACCGGGAGAUCCUCUGCGGGCCAAAAGAUCCUUGUUUACUGCAUUUCCAACUGUUAUUGGAAAACCCAGUGCAGUUUUUUCAAGCUGAUUUGCAGCUUACAGAUAUAAAUGACCACUCUCCAGAGUUCCUAGAGAGGGAAAUGCUCCUCAAAAUUCCAGAAAAUGUCUUACCAGGGUCUGUGUUUCCUCUGAAAAUAGCUAAGGAUUUUGACAUAGGCAGUAACACUAUUCAGAACUAUACAAUUAGCCCGAACACCUACUUCCAUGUUGUCACUCAUAAUCGUGGAGAAGGCAAGAAAUACCCAGAGCUGGUGCUGGAUAGAGCUCUGGACCGGGAAGAGCAGUCUGAACUUAGUUUAACCCUAAUGGCGCUGGAUGGGGGGACUCCCCCCAGGUCGGGGACCACUGCAGUCCAUAUUGAAGUACUAGACAUCAAUGAUAAUGCCCCUGAGUUCUUACAGUCGCUCUAUGAGGUAAAGGUUGCCGAGGACAGUCCGCUAAACUCUUUAGUUCUCGCUGUUUCUGCUAGAGAUUUGGAUGAAGGGACAAACGGGAAUUUAGCCUACACUCUCUUUCAAGGUGAUAAAAGUCAACCUUUUGCAAUAGACGAAGUAACAGGAGAAAUUCGACUGAAAAGAGCAUUAGAUUUCGAGGCAAUUCAAUAUUACAGCUUGGAAACUGCAGCAACAGAUGGCGGGGGCCUUUCAGGAAAAUGCACUGUGGCUAUAGAGGUGUUGGAUGUGAAUGACAAUGCCCCAGAAUUGACUAUGUCUACGCUCAGCAAUUCUACUCCAGAAAAUUCCCCAGAGACUGUAGUAGCUGUAUUCAGUGUUUCAGAUCCUGACUCCGGGGACAACGGGAGGUUGACCUGCUCCAUCCCGAAUGAUCUUCCCUUUCUCUUGAAGCCCAAGUUGGAAAAUUUUUAUAUGUUAGUGACAGAGAGGCCGCUGGACCGAGAAGAGAGAGCCGAGUACACCAUCGUGAUCACGGUGAGCGACCUGGGCAGCCCGCGGCUGCAGAGCCAGCACCAGGUGACUGUGCGCGUGUCCGACGUGAACGACAACGCCCCCGCCUUCAGCCAGCGCGCCUACACCCUGCGCGUGCGCGAGAACAACAGCCCCGGGCUGGCGCUGGGCAGCGUGCGCGCCUGGGACGCGGACGAGGGCGCCAACGCGCAGCUCAGCUACUCGCUGCUGCCAUCGCCCUCGGCCCCGGCCUCGCCCUCGGCCUCGGCCUCGACCGGCCGCCCGCAGCAGCCGGCCCCGGGCGCGCUGGUGUCCAUCGACGCCGACAGCGGGCAGCUGUUCGCGCUGCGCGCCCUGGACUUCGAGGCGCUGCAGGCCUUCGAGUUCCUGGUGGGCGCCACGGACCGCGGGUCGCCGGCGCUGAGCAGCCAGGCGCGGGUGCGCGUGCUGGUGCUGGACGCCAACGACAACGCGCCCUUCGUGCUGCACCCGCUGCAGAACGGCUCCGCGCCCUGCACCGAGCUGCUGCCGCGCGCGGCCGGCGCGGGCUACCUGGUGAGCAAGGUGGUGGCGGUGGACGGCGACGCGGGCCAGAACGCCUGGCUGUCGUUCCAGCUGCUCAAGGCCACGGAGCCCGGGCUGUUCGGCGUGUGGGCGCACAGCGGCGAGGUGCGCACGGCGCGGGCGCUGAGCGAGCGCGACGCGCCGCGACACCGGCUGGUGGUGCUGGUGCGGGACAAUGGCGACCCGCCGCUGUCGGCCAGCGUCACGCUGCACGUGCUGCUGGUCGAUGGCUUCUCGCAGCCCUACCUGCCGCUGCCCGCCGCGCCCGACGCCGCCGCCGCCGCCGCGGGUGCCGCCGCCGCCGGAGCGCGGCCCGAGCGCCUGACCGUCUACCUGGUGGUGGCCUUGGCCGCCGUGUCGUCGCUCUUCCUGUGCUCGCUGCUGGCCUUCGUGGCCGCGUGCCUGUGCCGGCGGGCCGGGCGGGCUGAGGCGGCGGCGGGGGCGCUGGCGGGGCCCGAGGGACACUUUCCGGGACACCUGCUGGACGCGGGCGGCGCGGGGACCCUGUCGCACAGCUACCAGUAUGAGGUGUGUCUCGCGGGGGGCACCGGGACUAAUGAGUUUAGGUUUCUGAAGCCCAUUCUACCCAAUCUCCCAUCCCAGUGCCCUGGCGAAGAAAUAGAGGAAAACGCAGUUAUUCCAGUUAAUUUUGGGGUCAAUUAAAGAAUGUGAUCAUGAUGCUAUGUAUUUUGACAAAUAUCUCUAUUUUACCCCCUAAAUAUACAGUUUGAGACCAUCAUAGAUAACAUUCUCAUUUAUGAUAUAAUGCUUAUUUUCCUCUUGUAUUGAGUAUGUCUUCUAUACUUUAUAGUGCCUUUUUCACUCAAUGCUUUUAAUCACACAAUGCUAUUCUAAAUCCAUGCAUGCUCUUGAUUCUCCUUAAAACUCUGUUGCUUUUAUUAUUUGUUGUAAUAAACUGUCUUGAAAUCAAA